UAGCCUAGUCUAAUUUUACAAUGUCACAACCUAACCUUCGUCAAUGAAUUACAGGUGCGCGCUCUGUCACAAGUGGUUCCCACCCCUUCCCUGCUCCUCCCGCGCCGCCACCACCCAGACCUCUUGACAUAACCCCUCACCACUGACGGCGACACCGAUCACCACCACCACCACCACCACCACCACCACCACCACCACAAUCAUUAUAAUCAUGAGGAAAUAUCGCAGUCACCGAUAAAAGUAAUAGUGUGCCAUGGCUGGUAUCAACAUACGGGAGGCAAGGAAGACUGAUGCCAAGAAGAUCUUUGAGCUGAUGCAGCAACAAGCAAUAGAGCAGAAUACUGUCCUUCCAUCCCACCUCACUCAUGAAGCCGUGGCAGAGGGUGGCUGGGGUCCGGCAGCAGUGUUCAUGACAUUUGUGGCAGAGAGGAAGGAGACCAAAGAAGGGGAGCUGGUUGGCUACAUUCUGGCGCACCGUGCGUACUCCACCUGGGAGGGGCGUGCAAUGUACAUCAAGGAAAUAUAUGUGGUCCCUGCAUCCCGUCACUCAGGUGUGGCCACAAACUUGUGCAAGGAAAUGUUGCAGGCUGCUGUCAGCAUGGGCUGUAACCGGUGUGAUGUGAGGGUAAACAAAGCAAACAAGGCUGCUAAGGAUCUGUUUGAGAAACUUGGUGCUAAAAAUCUUACUGAAGCUGAGGACUGGCAUCUCUUCUUCAUGGACAGCAAGGCAAUGACAGAAAUGAAGGCCAGGUGUAAGGGCCAAGGGCCAUCACAGGUGCGCCAAGCAGUCCCUGAGGACAUGGCUGGCGUGAUGGCCAUGAUCCAAGAGUUGGCAGACUAUGAGAAGAUGUCUGAUGGCCCUAAGAUUAAUGCUCACACUCUGGUGACAGAUUCUUCUCCGGACACAUUCUUUGAGUGCUUUGUAGCAGAGAGUGAUGGAACACUGGUGGGCUAUGCAUUGCCCUACCAUACUUUCUCAUGCCAGGGUCGUGGUAUAUACAUGGAGGAUCUCUAUGUGAAGCCAGCCCACCGUGGCCAAGGCCUGGGGACGGCCCUUAUGGCUCGGGUUGCUCAGCGUGGCCUUACCUUGGGAGCCGACCAUCUUGAAUUCAGUGUCCUCUCCUGGAACACUCCAAGUACUGCCUUUUAUCAAGCAAGGGGUGCCAUUAACAUCACUGCAGACAGAGGUGCUCAGCUGUAUCGUUUUGUUGACUCUGUUAUGAGGAAGUGUGUUCAGUAAGGGUGAAAAGGAGUGUUUGAUGGUAAAUUGGGGAUGAGGUGAAGUUUCAGUCAGAUUAUUUUGAAUGUUUUAAUUUAGUCUUCAUCAGCUUUGGCUAUCAUGUAUCUACACUUAUUGAUCAGACUGGUAAAAAAGAAACCCAGAACUUUACUCAUUCACCAAAUCAAUCAUUCAUAAUACCUAGCAAUAUAGAUCUUUCUAAAUCAGCAGUCCUUUUGUUUAUUCCCGUAAAAUUAUUUGCCUAUGACAUUAUGUCUUGGUGGAGGACCCAAGAUUAAACCAAUCUGAUUUUUCACAAAAUACUUCCUGGUUUUGUCAUGUUCUUUGGAGGCUUUCAGUGUUCUUAAAGGAAGUCUUACUAAUAUCUGUUAUGCAGAGGAAAACAAAGAGAAAUUCAAGAUUAACUUUAUUUUGUGCUUAUUUUAUGUUGCAAACAUAACAGCAUAAGCUAAGUGUACUUUAACAACUGUUAUGAAUAAAGUUAUACUAUAUUUACAAGAAGAAAA